ACGCCUUAACUUCCCACUGUGUUUUGCUUUGGUGCACAAAUGCAUGCAUAGAUAGGCCUAUAAUGUAUAUGCCCGGACAAUGUGGCUUAUUGGUGUGUUUAUUGGUCAAUUGAGCUGUGUAAUAUGAACUGGUGGAAAAAUAUAUUCGAUACAUAGCAUAUAUUUGUGUGUUUGAGUGUUUGGGGUUCGUUGGCAUUUCAAAUAACAACUUAUUGCAGAUUGAGGGAACAUGAGUGCUAAUCCUCGAUAUCAGGACAAUGGCAGCCAGCGUGAUGGCUUUCAAAUAUUUCUGUGCACAGUUCUUAAUGUUUCAAAAGUACGUGUCCGAUGCCAUAAAUUAUGAUUGCAAUAUCCUGAAGCUCUUAGCGCUUAUUUUACACGCCGAGCACAAGUAGUGUCUUGACCACUAUACACAAAGUGGGAAUAUAUACUGACCUACUUUUAUAACAGUGGGAAUAUUGUGUUUUUGUAUAAAAGACGCUGCAUUUCAUAAUUCCCUAAUGAAUUAGUCUUUUGUAUUAUAGGUGAAUUCAUAUAGACCCUGAUGAAAACGAGCACACUCACAGAGCAAGCUGGCUGGCCAUGAACAUUGUAGGGACACAUGACAUUUCUGAUUGAUCACCGCAUAGAGUAGAAAUGCGAUUAUUAAUACCCCUCAAAUGCAUCAAAUUCCUUGUAUUUAUUUACACAUCCGGGUGUCUAUUUGCGUUCCCCUUCCCCCGAGCGAUACGGUCGCUGAUUGGACGCCGAUGGUGUCAGUCAAACGUUGGCUCUUCCCCACGGUGACGUCUCCAUAUCAUCAAAGUAACCAGCCAGUCUGUCACGAACACAAAAGGGACAACAAAGACUUGGGGAUACGAUAGUCCUCCACAUCUCAAGACCCAACUUCUCACCUGGCGACAUUAUCCACUCUGCGAGCCGUACAACAAGUUAACAGUAAUACGGAGACUACAGCAAUGCUAUGAACAUCGUCAUUAUAAAACCCACCAACAGACACUUAAUAACAAGCAGCGUUGUGGUCAAAUCCGAUUCUGGUGGUUUGAUUUUUCUCCCGUGGUGUCUGUGUGGAGUGUGCCACACACCCACUCCACAACAACGACGGCUUUGGCUUGCAUCUUCCAGUGUUUCUUCUGUCAGCAAGUCCAGCAGAGCUGCAGCUCCCCCAGCACCAGCCCGGACGGUAGCCAGGAGCCCUGCCCCGUUGACAUGGUGAGGAUGACCAAGUCCAAGACCUUCCAGGCUUACCUGCCCAGCUGCCAUCGCACCUACAGCUGCAUCCACUGCCGCGCACACCUGGCCAACCACGACGAGCUCAUCUCAAAGUCUUUCCAAGGCAGCCAGGGGAGGGCCUAUCUCUUCAACUCUGUGGUGAACGUGGGCUGUGGGCCUGCAGAGGAGCGGGUUCUCCUCACAGGUCUCCACGCCGUGGCUGACAUCUACUGUGAAAACUGUAAAACCACCCUGGGCUGGAAAUACGAGCACGCGUUCGAGAGCAGCCAGAAGUACAAAGAGGGGAAGUUCAUCAUCGAGCUGGCUCACAUGAUCAAGGACAACGGCUGGGAGUGACUGGCCCCGCCCCCCUCCCGUGACCCCUCUGAAUUCUCUUAAUUGAACUGCGUGGAGUGGCCGCCGUUGCUCAUCAUGUUCCCACCGCCACCGCCACCGCCACCACCACCACCACCACCACCACCACACCUCCUCCACCUCUUAAAUGUGAACUCACAACCACACACUGCUCAUCGUGAAAAAACAAAAAAAAACACCAUGUGAUGACGAUGACUUCGGGAUAAAAAGGAGCUGGAUAUGGGGAGGGGAGGGGAGGUGUGGUCCAGGAAGUCCUCCACCCGUUACUAUGACGAUAUGUGAGUGUGUGUCUGUGUUCUGUUGCAGCCCUCACACGCCCAUCCAUAACCACCGCCACCACCACCACCACCACCGCCCGCCCCCUCCCUCCCUAACAAACCCACGCUGCUGUGGAGUGUCUGUGGUGAAGUGGCGACCUGCUCUAUGAACGCGGCUCUACGUUGACGUGGGGCCGGGCCCCUGUCGUGUCAUUGCCGUAGAGAGGCCUCCACUGAGACGCCAGCAGGAUGACUGCUCAUUGCUUUAUUUUGAUCGCGAUGUUGAUACUUUACGCUUUAUUUUCUUCUCGUUUUUUAAAAACGGUUAAAACCCUCUUGUUUGGACGGCCCCCGGUGGAUGGAUGUUGCUGGUUAGCAUUUGUUUACUUCUCGUCUGCCUUUUGGCUUGGUGUCAGCUCCUGUAGCUGCACACACUCCCCCUCUGGCCGUCUGCUAUUGCUCGGGUUAUUUGGGGGAGAGAGAGAGAGAGAGCUGUGCGUGUGUGUGAGCACACACUGCGUUUGUGUUUCAUAGUAGAGUCCAAUUAUGUAGCAGCUCUCGUUAAGAGACCCCGCCCCUGUUUUAUAUUAUUAUUACUAUUAUUAUUAUUACUAUUAUUAUUUGUUUGCUUUUGUGGGACCUCCCCCCUCUUCUUAUUUCCUGGUUCUAUUCCACACUCAAAAAUCGAGUAUUUGUUAUUUAUAUAAAUAUAUAUAAAUAUACAUAUGGUAAUGAACGUAUAUAUCAUCCAUUACUGUGGUGUACGGCUGGAUGCAAUCGUGGCUGGUCCACGUUUGCAGAAGGCCUGUAAGUUUAAAAAACAAACAAAAAAAGACAUGAUACUUGCCCAUAUGUAAACCUUCGAGUUAUGGCGGGUGAACUUUGACCUGUGCCCAGAAUCGCCGUGGUGACUGAGGACCUCAAACCGACGGGGUCACAUGACCAUACUAUGAAAUGGUCCGGGGUUGUACGACCACCGGUCCGUGGAUUCUUACAGAUGUUCACCGACGCUCACACUUUGUAUAUAGUCAUGUGCGUGUGUGCGUGUGUGCGUGUGCGUGUGCUCUGUGUGACCCGACACGCGGCGACAUACUUGAAGGACGCUCACCUCGUUUGCACUUUUUUUUUUGCGGAGGCCUUGGGUUCAUGCGUUUAGGGGCUCAGUCUGUGCUGCACGCUUUUGUAUGGCCUUUUCUCUCCGACCGACCGUCACCUAAUGAAGACGCUUUUGAAUGAACGGGACAUACGAAGCGCUUGGGGGUGGGGGGGGGGAGGUCAGAUCGGACGCGGUUUCUUUCUCCGCUCUCGCUCCCUGCUUCCCCUUUACUUCACCUUCUUCUUUGCAAAAUAGACAACAGCAGCUUGCCUUGGGACACCCGUGACCACAACUUCAAAUCUUGCCCAUUUUAAAAGUCCUUUGAAAAUAGAUGACUAUAUCCUUUGACGAAAUUGUUGCUAGGAUUAGGAAUGCAGUCUCCCCCCCCCCCCCUUCACCUUCCAUUCGUGUAGGUAUUUUUGCACUUUAUGCCUGCCCUGCUCAUACCGCAGUGUCUGACUUGUCACUUUCGUUGUAGAUGGACUAUUUGCCUCUAGUUUGCCUCUAAGCAGCAUGAAUCUUAUGCCUCUUCAAAAAAAAAAAGUCCCAUGUUCUGUAUCUCCCCCAUGUUUUCUGUGUUGUGCACAUUGCAUAACUCUGAAUCCCGCCUUUGUCUUCCCCUAGCAGAUAUGAGGUGCGCCCUCUCAAAAUCAAUACAACAAUCCAGCGAUGCUCCGCCCUUCGUUAGGUUUUACCCCAUUUAUCUUUUCUUUUCUUUACACAUGACUAUUAGAAAUACACUUUAAAUACAUAUAUAUAGAUAUCGAUAUAUAUCUAGAUAUAUAAAUAGAAAUAUAUUACAAUUCCGCAAAUACAUUAUAUAUUAUUAAUAAUACAGAUUUUAUGUGACGCAAAUGUUGAUGGUAUAAUUCCCGACCGCUAUGAAACGUUCCAACUGUUAUUGUUGAGGCUAGUAAGUGUUGAGGACAUGGUCUGUAGUGGAUGGGUUACCUUAAGAGUAACUAACGGUGCUAGGCCUGCUUAGUAGUGUGGGGGUGGUAAUGGUUAAUUCCAGCCCUGGUGGUGAUGAGUACUUUGCCGGCAAGGUCAUUCAAAUCAAACACACACCUUUCUUUUUCUUACAUUUUAUUUUAUAUAAGUGACGACUAUCCUGAAAUUUCUGACUAGACGGCGAUAAUUCCUACUUGAAAAUGAGAAGAGAAAAAACACAACACAAUAACAGCUGAGACAUUAGCCCGUGUUACAGUUUUGUAUGUACAUAAACAAACAUAUUUAAGGUUUUUUCUACAUAUUUCUACAGGGUUGGUUCUUUUACUUCCCCAACUUGAAGCACUUUUAUUACCUUUACCUCUGGCUUCAUCCGCGCGCACGCACGACCGGGUUGCCAGUGUUUAGUGUGCGUGAGCGAGCGGAUGAAACUGUGUUUUGUUACCUUACGCCGGCCUACUAGUACUUUAUUUACUUUUUAUCUCUUUGUUUCCUGAUUGGAUUCUACCUUCGACCCAUUAGUUCAUCCUCCUAGCUUUCCCUCCUCGCGGCCGUUUUUUGGUGUCUGUACCAGUAAUCUGUGAGGCCAAGAGCCAGGUCAUGUAGUUAAGACAGUUACUCAGAUUGUCCUUUUUUUUUAUUGCUUACAUUUUUCUUUCUUCUGGCUGAAGGCGUCUGAGGUAGAGUGGGUAAGGAGGGGGGGGGGGUGAGCUGGAGCCUCCCACGUUGACACAGGGAGAGCCUUUUACCCAGCAACACCGCCCCCUCUCCCUUUAUUUUUUCACACGUUUUUUUUUUUCCUUUACCCACAACGGUCUCGUUUGUCCCUCUUGUGAUCCCUUCCGAUCGACAGCAAAGCAAAGCGCGCCGGACGGCGUCCCCCGCGGCCAGCGUGUACCAAAUAGGAAGCGGGGGGGGGGGGGGGGGGGGGGGGGGCGCUCUGGCGGCUCCGGCGGCUCCGGCGGCUCCGAUUCAAACAGACGCGGCUGCGUUUUUUCACGGCAGGGCCGUUGUACCCCAGACUCCAGGGGCUCAGCCCGGGAGCGCUUCGACUUCGCUGUACCAAAACCUCUUGUUUCUCGAAUGUUUCCACACCUACAAAACUUACGACUUGAACGCAGUCCACAAGGAAUGCAAAAAAAGGUGUUCAUUUUUUCAUUUUGCUGCUUAUAAAAACUGUUUACUCUUUCUGGUUACUUUUUGGUGACACUGGCUACAUACCUUUUUGUUGAACUGUUACACUGUAGAUGUUUUUUUAAAAGGGUGUUACUUCCCAGGGGAAAGGGCAUACCCAACAAGAGACAAAAAAUAAAAAGAUUUUCUGUUGGACAACGGUGUAAAGCAUGUUCUGUAUUUAUAUUUGCUAUAUGUUGUGCCUGUUUUCUUUUUUUUUCCUUAAUUGAACGCAAACAAUCUGCUCUUUUAUUUGAACGUGUUGCUUCGCAUUCUGUCUUAGUAAAAACAUGUCGCACAUGUCUGUUAUCACCUUAAUUGUAAACUCUGAUAUCACAAUAAAUUUUAAAUGGAAGACAGUU